GCUAGUCGCUCAUCCUGCUCCCCAACCUGGCCCCCGACGGCUGCGCGUUGAGAUGACUUUCCGCGACCUCUUGAGUGUCACUUUCGAGGGACCCCGCCCGCACAGCAGCGCCGGGGGCUCCAGCGCCGGCAGCAGUGGGAGCGGCGCGGGUGGCGCGGUUGCUUCGGAGGGCCCGGCGGUGGGCGCCGUGCCAGGGGCCACGGGAGGCGGCAGCGGCGUGGUGGGUGCGGGCAGCGGUGAGGACAACCGGAGCUCCGCGGGGGAGCCGGGGGGUGCAGGCGCGGGUAGCGAAGUGAACGGCACGGCGGCCGUCGGGGGACUAGUGGUGAGUGCGCAGGGUGUGGGUGUGGGCGUGUUUCUGGCAGCUUUCAUCCUCACCGCCGUGGCGGGCAACCUGCUUGUCAUCCUCUCGGUAGCCUGCAAUCGCCACCUGCAGACGGUCACCAACUAUUUCAUCGUGAACCUGGCCGUGGCCGACUUGCUGCUGAGCGCCACUGUGCUGCCCUUCUCGGCCACCAUGGAGGUUCUGGGCUUCUGGGCCUUUGGCCGGGCCUUCUGUGAUGUGUGGGCCGCGGUGGAUGUGCUAUGCUGCACGGCCUCCAUCCUUAGCCUCUGUACCAUCUCCGUGGACCGGUACGUGGGCGUGCGCCACUCGCUAAAGUACCCCUCUAUCAUGACAGAGCGCAAGGCGGCCGCCAUUCUAGCUCUACUCUGGGCAGUAGCCCUGGUCGUGUCGGUGGGGCCACUGCUGGGUUGGAAGGAGCCUGUGCCCCCGGACGAGCGCUUCUGUGGCAUCACCGAGGAGGCAGGCUACGCCGUCUUCUCUUCGGUGUGCUCCUUCUACCUGCCCAUGGCGGUCAUCGUGGUUAUGUACUGUCGCGUGUACGUGGUCGCGCGCAGCACCACCCGCAGCCUCGAAGCGGGCGUCAAGCGCGAGCGGGGCAAGGCCUCGGAGGUGGUCUUGCGCAUCCACUGUCGCGGUGCGGCCACAGACGCCGACGGAGCGCUAGGGACCCGGAGCGCUAAGGGCCACACUUUCCGCAGCUCGCUCUCUGUCCGCUUGCUCAAGUUCUCCCGCGAGAAGAAGGCGGCCAAGACGCUGGCCAUCGUCGUGGGAGUCUUCGUGCUCUGCUGGUUCCCUUUCUUCUUCGUCCUGCCGCUAGGCUCCUUGUUCCCUCAGCUGAAGCCAUCAGAAGGCGUCUUCAAGGUUAUUUUCUGGCUCGGCUAUUUCAACAGCUGUGUGAACCCUCUCAUCUACCCCUGCUCCAGCCGCGAGUUCAAGCGCGCUUUCCUCCGCCUUCUGCGCUGCCAGUGUCGCCGCCGUCGACGCCGCCGCCCCCUCUGGCGCGUCUACGGCCACCACUGGAGGGCCUCAACCAGCGUUCCCCACCCUGAUUGCACCCCCAGCCCGAGCACCGCACCCCCUGGGGCUCCUCUGGCCCUCACCGCUUUCCAGGCCGCCGGCUCCCCGGGCGCGACCGAGCUACAAGCCCCGAUCUCCGGCCGCCGGAGGGCGCCCGGUGCCUUCCGCGAGUGGAGGCUGCUCGGGCCGUUGCGGAAGCCCACCACCCAGCUGCGUGCCAAGGUCUCCAGCCUGUCGCAUAAGAUUCGCGCCGGGGGUGCGCAGCGCACAGAGGCCACGUGCGCCCUGCGCUCCGAGGUGGAGGCAGUGUCCCUAGGCGUUCCCCAAGAUGGGGCCGAAGGCGCCACCUGCCAGGCCUAUGACUUGACCGACUACAGCAACCUCCGGGAGACUGAUAUCUAAGAACCCC